AUGAGCUCCUCCGCGAACAUCUAUGUCGACGAUGGUUCCUAUAAUAAGCUUCUGUCCUACCUGAUGGGCCUGGAUCAGCCUCAGCUGGAGGAAUUCAAGAUCUGCCUCCAGUCCUCACAGCUGCUGCUUGGGAACUUCCAGCAGAUUCCCUGGGCAAACUUGAAAGCCAUCGAUCCCACUAACCUGUUGUGUCUGUUGAGUGAAUACUUUUCAGAAAGGCAGAUCUGGGAAGUGACCCUCAGCAUCUUUGACCACAUGAACCUGACUUCACAGUGUACAGAAGUUCGAGCGAUGAUGAAUGAGAUAGCACAGACACAGGGAUCCCAAGAUCCAAGCCAAGAAGAACCAGAUUUCCCAGAAGAAGAAAAAGACCACAGAAGAAGAUACAGAGAGAGAAUGAAGGCUAAAAUACUGACGAUGUGGGACAACAUCCCUUGGCCUGAAGACCAUAUAUACCUGCGCAAUGUGACUGAAAAGGAACAUGAAGGACUGAAGAGCCUCCUGUAUCCUAACAGGACUGGAGCCCAGCCACAGACGAUCGUCUUAGAGGGUCUAGCAGGGGUCGGGAAGACCACCCUGGCAAUGAAGGUUGUGCUGCAUUGGGCAGAGGGCUUUCUCUUUCAUCAGAGAUUCUCCUAUGUUUUCUUUAUCAGCUGCCAUAAAGUUAGAGACAUGAAGGAUACCACAUUAGCUGGCCUGCUUUCCUGGGACUGGCCUGACUCCCAGGCCCCCAUUGAAGCUCUCAUGAGUCACCCCGAGAACCUCCUGUUUGUCAUCGAUGGCUUUGAAGAAAUGGAUGUGCCCUCCACUUUGGACGAGAGUCCACCAUGUAAAGACUGGUACCAGCAACUCCCAGUCAACAGAAUCCUGUUCCACUUAUUGAAGAAAGAGUUGGUUCCCCUGGCUACCUUACUGAUCACGACCAAGGAGUAUAGAACCAAUGAUCUUAAAAAGUUGUUACUGAAUCCAUGGUUUGUACAAAUCGUAGGGUUCACAGAAGGAGACCGGGAGGAGUAUUUCAUCAGGUACUUUGGUGACCAAAACAAAGCUAAGAAAAUCUUGCAUUGGGUAAGAAAGAAUGAAUCUCUCUUUCACUUCUGCUCUGCCCCCAUGGUGUGCUGGACCGUCUGUUCCUGCCUGAAGCGGCAAAUGGUGAGAAAUCCUCACUUCCAGCUAAGCACCCAGACCACCACCAGCCUGUACGUCUACUUUUUCUCCAGCUUGCUCGCCACAGCAGAGGUGAGUUUGUCAGACCAGAGCUGGCCAGAUCAAUGGAGAGCCCUGUGCUCUCUGGCUGCAGAGGGGAUGUGGUUUUGGAAGUUCACAUUUGCAAAGAAGGACCUCAAACACAGGCACCUGGAAGCACCUGUCAUUGGUUCUCUCCUCAGGUUGAAUAUUCUUCGAAAGGUCAGCGACUGUGAAGAUUGUGUUACUUUCACUCACCAGAGUUUCCAGGUGUUUUUGGGAGCCAUGUUCUAUGUGCUCAGGGGGGUGAGAGGAUCCAUUGGUGGUCCUCCAAAGCACCAGGAGAUGAGGGUGCUUCUGAACGAUGCUUUGGCUGACACAAACUUCUACUGGAACCAGAUGGCUCUGUUUUUCUUUGGCCUUUUAAAAAGAAACCUCGCAGAAGAACUGGAAGAUACUUUGCGUUGUAAAAUGAGUCAUAGGACAACGGAUGAAUUACUAGAAUGGGCAGAUGAAUUAGAAAGCUAUGACCUCGUCUCCAGCUGUUUUGAAUUCCUACACUUCUUUGAGUGCUUAUACGAGACUCGGGAGGAAAACUUUGUAAGGCAGAUUUUGAGUCAUCUCCUUGAGGCUGACCUCGAUAUCUUUGGGAGUCUACAACUCCAAGUGUCUUCAUUUUGCCUAAAACACUGUCAAAGGCUAAGUAAGCUAAGGCUUUCUGUCAGCAGUGCUAUCCCUCAGACGGAACUGACUUUCAACUUGGAAACUCUGGAGACAAGGCCACAUUCCAAGAUACGUCAGUGGCAGGAUGUUUGCUCUGUGUUUUCCAAUGGGAAUCUGACUGAGCUGGACUUCAGUAACAGCAAGCUUAACGCUUUUUCAAUGAAGAAACUCUGUUACGAGCUGAGAAAUCCAAGGUGCAAACUCCAAAAACUGACGUGCAAAUCAAUAACUCCUGUGAGGAUUCUGAAGGAACUUGUCCUUGUCCUGUAUGGUAACCACAGGCUGACACACUUGAACUUGAGCUCGAACAACCUGGGAAUUCCCGUGUCCACGAUGAUCUUUAAAACCUUGAGGCACUCAGCCUGCAACAUCCAGUAUCUGUGGUUGGAAUCCUGUGGCCUCACCCCUCUAGCCUGUCAUCAUCUCUUUCUGGAGCUCGGCAAGAACUCGAGUGUGCGCUUCCUCAGCCUGGGGGACAAUGAUCUCUCUGGUGUUGAGGUGAAAAGUCUGCAGGGGCCCUCGGAGAUGCCCGAGUCUUCCCUGAAGGAGUUGUCCCUGGAGAAAUGCAACCUGUCAGCAGCCAGCUAUCAGGAUCUAGCUUUGUACCUCACCGGUACCCAGAGAACAAGUCGACUGUGCCUGGGAUUUAAUCCGCUCAGAGACGAGGGCGUGAGGCUCUUGUGUGCUUCCCUGACUCACCACGAGUGUGCCUUAGAGAGAUUGGUUCUCUGGUUCUGCCAGCUCGGUACAUCCAGUUGCAAGUACUUGUCAGAUGCUCUCCUCAAGAACAAGAGUUUGACCCAUCUGAACCUGAGGAAGAAUAACCUGAGAGAUGAGGGAGUGAAGUUUCUGUGUAAGGCCCUGAGUCGUCCGGACUGCAGCCUCCAGAACCUGGAUUUGUCAGAUUGUUCUUUCACAGCGGAAGGCUGUCAGGAGCUUGCUAAUGCCCUCCAGCAUAAUUGUAACAUGAAAAUUUUGGAUAUCGGGAGCAAUGACAUUCAGGAUGAUGGAGUGAAACACCUGUGUGAGGUCCUAAACCAUCCGAAGUGUGCAUUGAACACGCUUGGGUUGGAGAAAUGCAAUCUGACACCUGCUUGCUGCCAGUAUCUCUCCUCUGUUCUCAGAAGCAGUAAAAGCCUGUUUAACCUGAACCUUUUGGGGAAUAACUUGGAGCCCAGAGGAGUCAGCACACUGUGGAAGGCCUUGAAAAAAUCAACCUGCAAACUACAGAAGCUUGGGCUUGAAAAAGAGUUGUACAACAUAGUGAAGGGGGAGCUCGAGGAAUUGCAGGAGAGGGGGUCCUUUCUGAGAGUCAAGUGUAAGUGGGAUUUCAAUGACCUUGAGGACAAAUGGUGGUGGUGA